AUGCCUCAGGACCUCGCAUAUAAAGUCAGUACAAAUUCGAGGGUAAUCGAAUUAGAGAAAGAGCUCCUGAAAGAAUUAGAGGAUUUAAAGCAUGAGGUAGAGGAUGCAGACUUGGAGUUGGGAAAUAAAUCAAAAUCGUUGAGCUCACUUGGAGGCUUAAAGGAUGCAUCAUUUUUUAAACUAGAACGCCAAAUGAUUAUAAACAAGCUGAUUGAGACACGGCAAGUGAAACCGGUUCAAAUUCAAGCAGAUAUUAUGAAAGAAGAAGCUACAGUUGCUUUGCAGCCAGAAUACAACCAGAUCGGACUGCCGUUGCUAUUGCAUCAAUUUUAUUUAGAUAAAAUUGAACAAAUGGCUAACUUGAAAUACUUGUACUUGCUACGAUUUACUCGCUUUUGCUCUCGCUCUCAAAAAGUAGAAGCUAUUUAUGAAGAUUAUCAGGGGACACUGAAGUACGUUAUGAGUGAAUAUAUGGAUGCUAUUGGUAGAGCGAAACGAUUAAGCUGUGCUCACAAUGCGGCCGUAGUUGGAGACCUAAGUCGAUCUCUAGGAAGUGUCAAUGCCGAAGAUAUUAUCAUAUAUCUCUCAUGGAUCAUCUGCCAUUUGCAUUCAAUUAAGAAAAUAAAUUCAUUCAUGAAGAUACUACAAUGGAUGCCAAUAAGUCAUGCUCAUUUACUGAAUAAAGAAAAAAUUCUAGAAAAUUCUAAAGUGAGAGAAGAUGCUACACAUACCAAUGCCGACGCAUCAUUAAUUCACCCAAGGGGUACCAGUUUUCAGCUGAUGCACUACUUCUCAACCUUACCUAAUGAUAGUACAAGUGGUAUAGCUACAUCACAGAGUAAUAAUAUCGCUUAUGAUGGAUUUAAAAUACCAUCUAAGCACUCCGGACACAUUAGCGGCUUGUCGUCAAUUGAAAUUGGUAAAUUGUCCCUUCAUUUACCAAGACAUGAAACUGAUUUAGAAGAUUUUAAAUCUGAAUUAGAAAGCCUUCUUCAAUUCUUUUCUCUAAAUGAAUUGUCAGUGAAUCAAAUCCAAACGAUUGCAGACGAAGCAGAAUUCUACUUUCAUGUUGCUCAAGGAUUUAAGAAAAGAUUUGACCGUCAACAAAUGGAACGAUGUUUCCCUACUUACAAUACGGCUGUAUCGGAACCUAAAUUUGGUAUAGAGAAAUGGGGAGUCAAAUGGAAUUGUUCAUACGAACAAGAGGCAAAUUGGAUUUCUUUUCGUAGGAUAAGACCUACCAGUAAUAUUGGCCGUGAAAGGAAUAUGGCCCAGCUAUGGCAUCAUAAUGAUAUUGAUGAGUUGCUUAGGAUAAAUUCGAUAUUUCUAAACAUUGGAAAUUCUGAGAUUAUUUUAGAGUCACUUAAGAAGCACGUGAAAAGUAUGGUAAAUCCACCAAAUUACUUUCCCACUAAAGUCACCACAAAUGCGAGUGCCACUCAGGAUACGGCAACAUUAUGGCACAAAUUGUACAAUUUUUUUAAGGAUAGGUGUGACAAUAAUGAUGAUUCUGUUAGCAACACUUUUGAAGAGGAUACAAUAGCUAGCCAUUCAACUCGUGGUUUUAGUAACUCUCGGACAGCUGCAUCAGCUGUAAACUACAGCAAUAGCAAGACAGAAAGCGCAGGGAUACAUAGACGAUCAAGAAUGGAAAGUGAAAGUACUUUUGAGAGCAUUAGUGCAACCCAGUUACUUGGUUUAGAUGAUGAAGAUGACAACAUAGCAGAUAGCACUAAUGGUGCUUAUUUAUCUUACCUGCUUUUAAGGCAUCUCAAAAUAAGAGAUUUACGUCGCUCGGUUCUGAGCGAUUUGAAUUACUUUCGUUCGCUUGAAAGGACGCUUACAAUUGACGAUAAUAAUGGCUUGGCAUUAUCUACUAAUUCUCAACAGGCCAAGGUAUCACAAUCAAUGUUUAUGGAAUUUAGUGAGGUACGCAAUCGUGAUGAUUAUUAUAGUUUUGAAGAUGGUAGAGUACAUGUCAGAGAUCAAAAUGGUUAUUACAUUUUAUAUGAUGUAGCUAAGAAAGACUUAAGAAAGAUUGAAGAAGAACUACUAUUGAUUGGAUCCUAUUAUAUUCGGAAGGAUAAAAGUCUCAAACAUAAGAUUAUUCCUAAAGGACCUGGAAUUAAAAAGCACAAGCGCAUGUUAUUAAUUCGUAAUCAGUCUCAUCAGUCAACGGACAAUGUAGAUAUGGUAAAAGAUGGCCAUCAAUUUAUUGACAGAUUUGCUGUUUUACGUGAUUUAUGGUACGGUGAGGCAAUUUAUCAAGAAAGCAAGAGGCAGAUUAUCGAUUGCUAUAUGGAGGUCUAUAAUACCAUUUAUGAUCCAAAGGAAAGACGUCAAGUUGCUAAGAUCGUUACUAAUUUAAUAAACGAUAGACCUAACUUCGACUUCACCGAAGAUUAUUUUCUUCGAUCAUAUCAAGCUUCGUCUGCGGCUUUAAAUGGUCGAUUUAAGCUAAUAAAGACUAUUUUAUCAGAUCAGAUUGAUGAAAGUCGAGAAUACAUUGAUAAAGUCUCUUCUGAUAAUAAAGGAGACCAUGGUCGAUCGCAAAGACUCAUUCGAAAGCAGCUAAUAAAUGUUCAUGGUUAUAGAUCGACGAUCAAAAAUAUGUAUUUACUUGAAGUGCAUCCAGCUUUAGCUGUUAUUAAUCGAUUAACGCAGGCAUUAGAACAUACAUUAUCGGAAUUCUUAAACCACAUCAAACCAGCCUCUGUUCAAGCAGAUCUACUGAUAGCUCUCAGUGAAUGGACCAAUAUGAAAUCGUGUGGAACGAGCUAUUCUUAUCGAAUAGAGCGCGAUCUAUUUUCGAGCUCUUACGUAGAAGAUCCACGUUUUAUAAUUGAGCUUGGGCAUUCUAACAUCAAAUCGAAAGAAUUUCAAACAGGACAUCAUAGUAGUAGCAUGAGGCAAAAACUAGCUAUGGAUGUUUGGAAUAGGCUUUUGGAGAUUGUACUAACUCGUCAUCGACUAAUUGAUGCUGCAUGGGAAACCGAAAUUUUGACAUCUAUCUAUCGGACACAAGCGAAUGAGCUUAAUAAAGAAGAAUUUCACUUAUUUUUGAGGCCCAUACCCUUUGAACUUGCAGAAGAUCAUAAAGAAGGACAAUGCAAGCAUGGUUAUGCUAGUGAGGAUGAACUUGCAAAUAUAGCCUUAGAUAGGUAUUUACCAUCUCAUUUACUUUUGGCAAUCCAAGAAUUGGAUGAAAAGCACAUAAGUACUUUUAAUUUCAGAUCUAAGGAAGGCAUUGUACAGUUACUUAAUAACAACGAUAUGGAAAAUUUAAAAACUGUUCUCUAUGCACAAGUUGUCCAUAAAAAUUGCUUAUUGGCUGCGAUUCUCCUAAAUUACGUUUGCUGCGGAUUAGACGAAUGUAUAACUUCUCGAGAAACUGAACAUAGUGAACGAAAAUCUACGACUGGAUCGCAAUAUAGCUUUAAAUUGACCGCAGCCUCUCAGUCCUCUCUAACAACUAAGAUCGAAGAAAGAUACGAAACAUUUGCAGAUCUUGAAGCUGAAAAGCCAAUUCCAUUCGUUUCGAUACAAUUACAUAAACUCCCAUUAAGAGAUCAAAUGCUGCGGGAAUUUUCAAAUAAACAAGCUCAAGUCUAUAAUCCUAUAAGAAAUUAUGAGGAUAUCCCUACUAUUAAAAGGGGUUUUGUGAGAGUUUUUUUUUCGAAACUCGUGGAUGUUUUUCAGAUUUAUUCUUUGAAGGCUCAAAUAAUAGCAUAUUUCAACAGUAUUCGCAGUUUAAUAAGUUCAUUUCCAGAUAUUCGACAAGUUCAAAAGCGUUCAAGCUCAUUUUUGUCGGAAGAUGGUAGCAAACUGUUUAACUUAUGGUACAUUCCUACUUAUGAAGAGGUGAUACAAAUGUUCAAAGCCUUGCCAAUCAAGCAGAGUGUUCAACGUUUGAAAGACGCUUUGAAAUUAGUAUCAACGCUGCAUGAUAUAUGUCAAUAUGUUAUCGCUUUUGCAAAAAUGGGUAGCAGCCUAACUCUAUCAUCAGUAUCCAAGCAGAAUAAUACCGGUAUUAAAGCUAAUUGGGGUGGAAUUGAAGGAAUCGUCAAUGAACUUCGAGAAGUUCAAGUUCAAAUUGAUAUGCUAGAAAAUCCUGAGGAUCCGCAGGCGGUUACAAAUUUAUUGGAUAUGCGAAGGAAUUUAAUAUUUCAACAGCUUGAUGUAUGUUUGAGAUAUUCUGCAAGAGAAACUCUAUUGGCCUUAAACAAAGAAAAUUCUUACGUAACAAUCGUAAAUUCUUUAAAUGCGCAUCGAGUUCAAUUUCAAGAUAGCGAUCAGUGUAGUAUUUUUGCGCUGUCAAUGGUUGUGCCAGAUCCCAUCGAUAUUAGAAGCGAACUAUCUCAAACAGUAUUCCCAUGGAAGACAUUCCAAUCGAGAUUUGGCAUUUAUCCCCUAUCGUAUCACCAAUGGAGCAAUCUGGGAAAAUACAUUGAAAACUGUUUUACUAGAUUGUCGCAGGAUGAAAUGUAA